UGGUAGAUGAUGAUAAAUUCGAUUGAAGUCAUUGCUAGAGUAUUGUCCAUUAUGGGACUUGCAAAAACAGCAUGAUUUGAUUCUCAGUAAUUUGAGAUUAAAGUAAGUGGUGUUUUAAUACCUGGAUUUCCUGUGUGUGUGUGUGUGUGUGUGUGUGUGUGUGUGUGUGUGUGUUUGUUGAGGGGUGUGCUCUGUGUGGGUAUAAGAGGUGGUUCCCCCUGUCUUCCCGGUCAAAUCAUGCAUCAACUGUCAAGGGAUCAGAGGGUGACUGCGUUUGUGCGGCGAUAAUGGCUUUGUUCUUGGAUGCAGAUUUCUCAUUAGUAAAGCAGAAUCAACAGGCAGAUGCGCUGGCUUUGACGGGGUUAUUUGGGGAACAGGAACACAGUAAAGAACCAAUUGAUGAUCUUCUUUUCCCUCUUGCCGAAGGUGUGCACAAUGAGAGUGCCCCAUCCUCCACAGAGCCGGACCGAGGUGCCUGUCUGAGCGAGGGUCCGAGAAAGAGGAAGCGGACCAUCUUUAGCCGGGCUCAGCUGUCUGAGCUGGAGCAAGCCUUUGCUGUCACUCCCUACCCAGACAUCACCCUCAGGGAGAGGCUGGCCGUGCACACGCACUUGCCCGAGAGUAAGAUUCAGGUGUGGUUUCAAAACCGAAGAGCCCGAAGUAUCAAGACUGGGAAAUUGCCCAAGUCCACCAAACACUUUGUGGCAAGUCGGAGGCUCACAGAACCCACCUCUGGACUGGUAACCUCGGCUUUCCCUUCUCCGACCAUGGCAGACAUAUUCAGACCGGAGCAAAAUCAAACCUGUGACGACAUCCCACAAUUCUACUCUGACUGGAUUCAACUUUACAACAACCAGUCUACGCCAUCCACUUCAUCGCAACACACGCAGCCCGCCCUCGGAUCCCCAAGGCGUUCGGAGUCUCGUCUCCGGGAGGAGGAGCGACAGCAGCGGCCGCAACUGGGAUCGACCCUCCCGACUUUCCGACCUGGUGCGUUUUCACAUCCCAUCACCAGGCAGCGACACCAUUCUGCGUCUAACCACUCCUACCAGACCCUCAGGAACUUCAAAGCCCAGAGCCUGGUUCAGUCUGGGGGUCCUCAGGCUCUAUACGGGGGCGGAGCCGGAGGCCACGUUUCUGUCGACCAAGUCGUUCCUUCUCACUCUCAGCCAGCAUACUGGGAGGUAACUCAGGGCCAAGGACAUCACCACCACCAUCAUCAUCAUCACACACAAAUGGGACCGCAGACCUCGAUGGGUUACAUCUCAGACCUGAUCUACAAUGCUGCUAUUGUCACCAACUUCCUGGAGUUCUGAUGACGUGAACAACAAAAUUUAUUUCCCUUUGAUGUGUCCAAAUACACAAACUCCACUUGUUUCAUCAAACUGAAAUAACCUCUCACUUGGUGUCUGGUGUUCUUGCUCUGCCCUUGUGUGAAUGCUCUAAUUGUAUUUUUCGAUGUAGUUUAGUUUGAUUUUUACAAGAAUAAAAUAGGCUAGCAAAUGUCAAGUAAUGAGUUAACACUGUACUAAUGCUCAACUUGAUGGACCUUAAAGUGGGCAAUAAAUGAUGGCAAAUUCAACUGUAAAUACUUCAUCAGAUUAUCGUGCAACCUGCAAAAUUCUGCAUAAUUCAUUGAGUGGCUUUGGGUGACUUUCAAGUUGUUCCGACACAUUUUCCCAAGAAACAGAAGUGAAUUAAAUCCCAUGUAGAGACGUUUGAAGGAGCAGUUUAUCAUUGUAAAUGAUAAGAGUCAUAUACUGAGAAGCUAACCACUGCAAAAACGAAAUACAACAAAAAUAAAGGAAAAUUACUCUUUUCUUGAAACUAGCGUCUGUUUGUGCUGUGCAUACGUCUGACGUAGUAUUUUCUCAACGCCGAUUGGCUGUUGCCGCUGCCAAC